AUGAUGGAAUUCAAGAUACACAAAAACACGAGACCUUUGAAGCUCCCUGUAGAAAUUCUCGGGGACCUAACCCUGCAGUCCUUAUGGAUAGGCGACACUACUGUGACAAGCAUACAACCGGCGCUCAUCCUCCCUUCCGAGGAUCGUCUUGUGAAUUUCACCUUACGAGACAGUCGUCUGAAAGAGUUUCCCUUCCACAUCAUCCAAGGAUUACGGAGUCUCCAGAUACUCUGGCUUCGGAACAAUUCCUUGACCUCAAUUCCUGGUCUCCACAGCCACAGCCUCGAGAUAUUGGACUUGGCUUACAAUAAGAUUGUUGCUAUUGAGGAAAAUGGAUGGCAUACUCCUAACUUGCGGGAACUCGACAUCGGUUUCAAUCCGCUUUCGAGUCUUCCGUCCGCAGUGAUCAAGGGUCUGGGAAAACUCGAGAAAUUCUUUUGCUCAGGGUGCAACCUGGGACCCACCCUUUUAAUGGGGCAAAUGGAAUUCUGCAGCAAGACCUUGAAGGUGGUGUCACUCUGGGAGAAUAAUAUCUCACGACUUGAACCAGGAGCCCUUACAGGCGUCAAUGGUGAGACGACUGUUUACCUAAGCCGGAACAACAUCACUCUAUUGGAAGAAAAUGCCUUCCGACCCAUCCUGGAGAACAUGUCCCUGGGAGAUGGAUUGCUCUAUAUAGAGUGUGAAAUAGGUCGGCCAGAUACAAGCUUCACCGAAACAGCCUUUAUAGCAGCGGCCUCUCUUGUAGUUUUAUUAAUCGUGAUUAUCAUCAUUGUCUGCAUUUUCUACAACCGAUUACGGAAAGAGCAAGUUCGCAAGAUUGCAUUUCCAAAGAAAGAUACAGAGCGAUUUCGAAGAGGAAAACCGAUGAACAUCAAUCCUACAGUGUGCCUUAGUGAAAAAGCGGAUCUUCUGCCAUAUGACAAGCACUGGGAAUUCCCAGCGGAGAGGCUACGACUAGGUGAUCUAAUGGUCAUCUUGGAGUACUGUCGGCAUGGGAAUCUGGAGUGUUUUCUGAGAAAAUAUCGAUCAUCCUUUAAAAAUGGAAUUGACCAUCACACUCUCAAUAAAUUCAGGAUUGGGAAAGAAUCCCUUCACUUCGACGCUCACCGGCUCCCAGGAGGAGAACAUGGACAAGGAAUGGGAACGACAAUCAGGAAGAAAGUGGAAAUUUCCAAAGAGAUUAAUCUCCUUGUGUCUUUCACUUAUGGCGAUCUGGUGUCCUGGGCAUACCAGAUAUCUCAAGGCAUGGAGUACCUGAGUUCCAGGAAGAGCUGCAUGCUUCUUCCCUACGCCAUUCUGAACCCUGCACAAGGCAAAAUGGAUGAUAAUGAUGUCCAAGGUAAAACCUGCUGCAAACCGGAGGAAAGGAAAUACUCUGUUGUCGUGGAAGGAAUCACCAUGAUCCUCAGAGACUACCACCGAAGUGGGAGCCGAAUGUGUUCAAUGAACGUGUUCAAACGGAAAUAUUCCGAUCCUUUCCCAAAUGUCAUUGAAUUCUGA